UCCAUUGGUACAAUCCAAAAGACCAGUGUUUACUUUUCAUUAAAGCAGGUGAAGAACCAAAAGAGAGUUUAUCUUUAUUCUUCUUGGCACUGAGAGUCUGCUCUUGGAACAAUCAGGCACCAUGGGGAAGCGAGAUAAUCGAGUGGCCUAUAUGAAUCCUAUAGCAAUGGCCAGAUGGAGGGGCCAGACUCAAUCUACAGGCCCAACAAUACAAGAUUAUCUGAAUCGACCAAGGCCCACCUGGGAAGAAGUGAAGAAACAAUUAGAAAAUAAAAAGAAAGGCUCCAAGGCAUUAGCUGAAUUUGAAGAAAAAAUGAACGAGAAUUGGAAAAAAGAAUUAGAAAAAAGUAGAGAUAAAUUAUUGAGUGGAAAUGAGAGCUCUUCUAAAAAAAAAGAAAAAAAGAAAAAGAAAAAGAAGAAAUCUUGUCAGUCUUCAUCUUCUUCAUCAAGCUCUGAUUCUUCAAGCAGUUCUGAUUCUGAGAAUGAGGAAAAAAAACAAGGAAAAAAGAGAAAGAAAAAGAAGAACCAUUCAUAUAAAUCAUCAGAAAGCUCUACAUAUGAAUCUGAAUUAGAGACCAAGGAAUCUGUGAAAAAGAAAAAGAAGUCAAAGGAUGGCACAGAGAAAGAAAAGUAUAUUAGAAGUCUCAGCAAAAAAAGAAAGAAGACUUAUCCUGAAGAUAAACCCUCAUCAUCAGAGUCCUCAUCGGAAUCAGAUUACGAAGAGGAAGGGCAAGCAAAAAAGAAGAGAAGACAUGAAGAGCGAGAAAAAUCAACAGAAAAAGCAAAGAAGAAGAAGAAGAAACAGCGCAAGAAACAUGGUAAGAAGAAGAAAAAGAAGUCGGGUUCAAGUCACAAGUCAGGAUAACAAGAAAAAAAAUAAGAUUUUCCUAUUUAAAAAGGCAAGAAUUUAAGGAAAUAUCAACUGUGAAUGUUAGGGAAUAUUUUUAAAAAUGCAUGAAUUUCCCUUUGUUUGUAGAAUUAUUCCUGACUGAGUGCCAGUCAUAUGCCACUGUGCCAGAAAGGGCCAUAACCAUUGCCUGCAGUAUAAAUAUAUAAUUUUGUUUGUGUGUGUGUUUUCCCUUCCUAUGGUUAAUUCUUCUGAGAGCUAAAACCCUGUUGUUCAUACUAGUAGUUAAAACAUUUGGAAUUGAAUUAAAAUGUUUUAGAUAAUAAUUUUGAGCCCCCAAAUUUAUCUAAUU